UUUGUAGAUCACAUGACCAAAUUGAAGUCGUGUGACGAGAGAUGUAAAUACGACUGCGAAGAGUAUUCUGACUUAUGUACAGAGUAUUGCACAUUAUGUCUCUAUCAAACUGCUGAGCUAAUACCUCUUCUCACAACCAUGGAUCCUGGACAGCAGCUACCUCCAUCUGAUGCCACCUCCCAGCCCACUGAAGAAUACUUUCCAUGGGAUCUUCGAUUCCAACUGAUUGCCUUGGGUUUUGCUUUCUAUGCAUUAUUAUUCGUCCUCGCUCACCUCCUGUCUUCAUCACUGACCCAUACAUACAAUUGCUUGCAAGCCAAAGAGAAGGUUUUCUGGAACCUUGCCGCUACCCGCGCAGUAUUUGGCAUCCAGAGUUCAGUUGCUGGUUUGAGAGCACUUACUCAGGACUCUGAAUUGAGCAGAGACAUAGCGAACGGGCAAGAGGACUGGUCGUGGUUUAAUCUCCUCACAGCCACGGGGUUCUUUAUAUUUGAAAAUGCAGCAUUCCAUACCUAUAGUUUGGCGUUUCGGUCACUUGACCUUGCCCUGGCAACGCACCAUUUCUUCGCCUUGGCAGGAUAUGGAGUUGGAGUGAUGUCAGAUUCCAUGGGCCACUUUGUGCCAAUGGUGGUGCUACUUCUGGAAAUGAGCACACCAUUCACGUGCAUAUCCUGGAUGCUGCUGAAGGCUGGAUGGGCCAGAAGUCUGUUUUGGAAAGCCAACCAAUGGAUGAUGAUCCACAUGUUCCAUUGUCGCAUUGUUCUCACAUACUACCUUUGGUGGGUAAGCUUUAAAAACUGGGGCGCGAUCAACAACAACUUCCCCCUGGCAUUACGUCUCAUCUUCUACAUCGGCCUGGCCCUGCUCACCGUUGUGAUGAAUCCGCUUUGGACCUACAAGAAGACCAUGCAGCUGUUCAACCCCGUCGAUUGGAACUUUGGCAAUAAGCCGGCACCUGGAAACAACACCAAAGAGGAUCAGGCUGAUGUUGCUGCCAAGACUCAUGUAAGCUGAGAAGCAACAGGAAAAUUGGUUACCUGGUUGUUUUAUUUACUUUAUCUUCUUCGCAUUAACUUGUUUCGGACAUUUGUAUUUUGUUAAUUAACACAAAUAAUUUUCGCAGACCUGCUAGUCUAGUCUAAAACAUGGUAUUCUGCUUGAUAGUGUGAAAUAUGUAUGUAGCAGCCAAAUCCACCUGUAUUUAUCGAUCUCAGGGAGCGGCCAUUUUGCCACUUUCCGUCAACUGUAAAUGAUUUCGACACCCACCGUUGGGAAACAGUGCGUUACUGAAAUUUGCCAUUAGGAAAUUCAGAGUGAAAUGAAAACGGAGUGCCAGCACGCGGACUUGACGCUCCGAUUGAGAUGGUGCGCCAGUGCUGGCCGUGUUAAAAAAUGAAUGGGAGCAGAGUGCACUAUGCUUCCGCAAACAUUGUAUUAGAAACUGCUAAACCUCAGUGAUAAGUAUCGGAAAAGUCAAAUGUAUUUUCAAAUAUUUUCUUAUGUUUUAAAUACCCUCAGUAUCUAAGGUAGACAAACCAGAAUUUUUCUUACACCACCGUAUCAUCAUGAUUGAUCUUGGGAACUUUUUUAUACAACGUACAAGCCUAACGUCUACUUUGACUUUCUGUAUAUGACAUACAGUAUUUAAAUCUUGACCUAUUGACCUAACUAUUGUCUUUCACAUUACAAAAGGAAAAGUUCUGAAAUUGUAUUAUUGGGUGGGUGAAGAUUUGCCUGUUAUGUUUAUGUCAUGUUCUCAAAUAAUAUUUUUGUGUUAUUAAAAUGUGUUCAUUUGAACAAAAUAACAUUUCCGUUAACAAAGCCAGGUGGGUGGAUUGCAUGUUUGCUCAAGGUGAGAUUCAAUGUAUUGAAUGGCAACAGGUGGAUAAUGUACAUAUAGGCACGGUACUUAAAGGGUGGCUAGGGGGUGCUAUUGCCCCUUCAGAAAUCUGUGUAGCUCCGGUAAAGCACUUCAUACAUGGUAAUGUACUGUGCGUUUUAAACAUAUCAUUAUUCAUUUAAUUAAGUUAAAAAACAUUAUAACUUUGCAAGUAGCCAUUGGGUUCUAAUCCAAGCCCUGCUUCCGUUAUGUUUUUCUUUCUUUCUUGCACACAGGUUAAAGAUUUUGCAAUUGCUACUUGGUCACUUGUAUUUGGUGUGUCUAUGGGAGAGUUUUUGAAUAUUAUUUGACUAUUAAAGCUUGUGCGCUGUAUUAUGCAAAAAAAAAAACCACAAGAUCAACUUCA